GAAGUUGUUUCUCUCUUUGGUUUUAUCUCAAGACUUGUCUUUACAAAAGCAGAGAUGGAGAACAUGGAAGAUGGAGGAAUCUUGACAUACGAUGGUAGAUAUGUUAUGUACAAUGUACUUGGUAACAUUUUUGAACUCUCUUCAAAAUACAUUCCUCCUAUUCAACCUGUUGGUCAAGGAGCUUAUGGUAUUGUCUGCUGUGCUAGAAACUCAGAGACAAACGAAGAGGUAGCUAUAAAGAAGAUAUCAAACGCAUUUGACAACAAAGUUGAUGCUAAAAGAACUCUCCGGGAGAUCAAACUCCUCUGCCACAUGGAUCACGACAAUGUUAUCAAAAUGAAAGAUAUAAUCGAGCCACCAGUGAAAGAGAGGUUUGAAGAUGUGUAUAUCGUUUAUGAAUUGAUGGAUACUGAUUUGCACCAGAUCAUAAGAUCUAGUCAAACUCUGACCGAUGAUCAUUGUCAGUACUUCCUCUACCAAAUUUUGAGAGGCUUGAAGUACAUACACUCUGCAAAUGUACUACACCGUGACUUGAAACCAAGCAACUUGGUUCUAAACACGAGUUGUGAUCUUAAAAUAUGUGAUUUUGGGCUUGCAAGAACGUCAACAGAGACAGAUAUGAUGACAGAAUAUGUAGUAACAAGAUGGUACCGUGCACCUGAACUGCUUCUCAACUGCUCAGAGUACACAGGAGCUAUUGAUAUUUGGUCUGUUGGUUGCAUUUUCAUGGAGAUACUCAGAAGAGAAACGCUUUUCCCUGGUAAAGAUUAUGUACAACAGCUGAAACUUAUCACUGAGCUCAUUGGUUCACCAGAUGACACUGAUCUUGACUUCUUGAGAAGUGAUAAUGCACGGAAGUACUUGAAACAGCUCCCACAAGUUCAAAAACAAUCAUUCAGAGAAAAGUUCCCAGACAUUUCUCCAAUGGCUUUGGAUCUUGCUGAGAAGAUGCUUGUUUUUGAUCCUUCCAAACGCAUCACAGUUGAGGAAGCUUUAAAGCACCCUUACUUGGCUAGUCUCCAUGAGAUCAAUGAAGAACCAACGUGUCCUUCUCCUUUCAGCUUUGACUUUGAAGAGAUAGCCUUGGAUGAACAAGACAUUAAGGAACUUAUCUGGAGAGAGUCUUUACACUUCAAGGAUAAGUAAUCUCCCACUGUUUUGGAAUAAGUGAAAAUAGCUAGUAGUAUUAUACUGGUGUGUAUGUUUUGUUUGAUGGUGAUUGUGUAAUCCUAAGAAAGUGAGAAUUAUUUUGUGUUCUAUAUGCAUUCAAUACCAUGAAUCAUGUGGAAAGUUUAAUUUUGUUUUUUGAAAAUGAUUCAAUACUAC